AUGUCAUUUCACGCCCAUCACGACGAAGCAUCUUCGUAUACUGGAUCCCGACACGGUGCUCCUCCAGUGCCUCAUACUGGAAUGCGACGACAGCCGUCAAUGAAUACCCGGUACAUGCAGAUGCUGCUGGAUCUGGACAGUGUACCGGGCUGGCACAACUUGCUAGUGGCAAUUUCUGCAUGGCUCCUCCUCGCAGGCUUUGUCAUUUUCCCUGGCACAUUUACCUCUAUCCAGAGUAUCGACGCCGACGACGAAAGUAUAAGCGACAUUGAGCGCUGGGUCCUCAAGCGUGUGAGGAACCUGCCACUCCUCGUUGUCGCUGGACUAUGCUGCGGGAUUGGGGCUGGAGGGAUGGUGGCCUUUUGGAUCCGAUGGAGGAGAAACUAUGUCUGGCUAUGCAACCGAAUCUUCUUGCCCGGUACCCUUCACGCCAUUGCGGGAUUGCUCUCGACGAUUAUCAACGUCUACACGGCCCAGCACAAGCAGUGGUCGAUCACCGCCCGCGUCUCUGCCAUCGUAGAGGGUAUCUGCUUGGGAGUGUGUGGUCUAUUGUGGACCAUAUACUCGUACUGGCUUCUUGGAGGGGUCAAGCGUAAUCACCGACGAGAAUUUGGACUGCGUGAUGACGACUUGGCCAUGAAGCAAUAG